AAGAAGUAAAGAGAGAAAGGAAAGCUGAGAUAAAGCCUGGGAUAUAAAAAAAAGCUGAUCCAAAAAGCUGAAAUUUUUAAAAGCCCAUUAAUUUAUUAAACAAAAGCUGAAAGCCAAAAAAAAAAUAAAUAAAUAAAUAAAACCCAUCCCCUCUUUCUCUCUCCUCUUCUUCUUACUUCUCUCUCUCUCUAACCCACCUAAUUUAUCAUCUCAAAUUUUCAAUUACUUCAAACUCCCCUUUCAUUUCAUUUUCUUCUUCUUCUUCUUGAAAUUUUUUGCUCUCAAGUCCUCUAAUUCAUUCUCUCUUUCAUUUGAAGCUCUUUGUUUUUUUUUUCUUUUCUUCUUUUCCCAUGCUGGCUGAUCUCUCUUCUCCUUCACUUCCUUGUUUUGAGCCUUUGUCUAAUUGCUUUGAAAACAAUGGAACCAAUAACAAAAGAAAACGGAGACCCGCCGGAACUCCAGACCCAGAUGCUGAGGUGGUUUCUCUCUCUCCAAAAACUCUAUUGGAAUCAGAUCGUUACGUGUGUGAGAUCUGCAAUCAAGGGUUUCAGAGAGAUCAGAAUCUACAAAUGCAUCGACGUCGGCACAAGGUGCCGUGGAAGCUAUUGAAAAGAACGGAGACGACGACCGUAGUGAGAAAACGAGUGUUUGUUUGCCCGGAGCCGAGCUGCUUACACCAUAACCCUACUCAUGCUCUGGGGGAUUUGGUAGGAAUAAAGAAACACUUUAGAAGAAAACAUAGUAACCAUAAGCAAUGGGUUUGUGAAAAAUGCUCUAAAGGAUAUGCUGUUCAAUCUGAUUACAAAGCUCAUCUCAAAACUUGUGGAACUAGAGGCCAUUCUUGUGAUUGUGGUCGGGUUUUCUCCAGGGUGGAGAGUUUCAUAGAACACCAAGAUAAUUGCAAAUUGGGUCAUCAUCAACAACAAUCAGAACAAAAAAUUCCAUGUUUAUCUAGAACAGCUUCAAGUCCAACUCCAAGCCCUUCUUCAGAUACAAAUUUCAGCUUCUUAAACCAAAACCAGACAUUUACUACAACAAUUGAUCAUCAUCAUCAUGGAGCUGAAAAAUAUUCUACAAAAACAACAAUAAUUCCCCAAAGAAGUAUUAACCAUAAUCAUCAUCAAAAUUUAGACCUUCAACUUUCCACCAAUUCAACUUCCAUUCAUGUUUCAGUUUCUCCAAAAAGACAUGAAAAUUACUCAACCCAUUUGCAACUUUCCAUUGGUUCUUGCAAUUAUGGUGAGAAAAAUGAAGAUAACAAUAGCAACAACAAUGAUGAUGAUGAUGAGAAAUUGGGGUUUCUGAGGCUGAAAGAGGAAGCUAAAGAGCAAAUGAGAGUGGCAAUGGAAGAGAAAGCUGUGGCUGAAGAAGCAAGAAAUGAAGCUAAGAAACAGAUUGAAUUGGCUGAAAAGGAGUUAGUGAAUGCCAAGAGAAUGAGACAACAAGCACAAGCUGAGUUACAAAGAGCUCUUGCUUUGAAAGAACAUGCCAUCAAGAAAAUCAACUCCACCAUCCUCCAAAUAACUUGCCAAGUUUGUAGGCAACAUUUUCAUCCCUUGCCUAAAAUUUGAAUAUUCCUCCUAUCGUUAUGGUUGUUGUUGUCGUUUUAAUGAGAUAAAUUUUACGAUUCGUAUAGAAAAACAUUUUCACUUCCUUAUAAUUGCUUACUAUACAUUGUUUGAGACAAUCAUCUCAUCUAAGAAAAAAAAAAAAAACAUACAAACAAGUUGAGAUUUCAAUAUCUUAAUCUCUCAUAUUGAUCCCAAUUAUAUCUAAUAGAAUACAAAAUUUAGUUUGUGUAA